UCCAUCGAACGAGAAACUUGAAAGCAUUCGAAAGCUCGCGCAAAACUUCGCGAGAAAAACUGAAAAGACUUGUAAUGAAGCCAACUCAAAUCAUUCCUAAAGUUUAAAGAUAUUUGCAACCAAAACAAUUCUACUUAAGCGCCUGUGAUAUGAAAACCAAGCAGUGAAUUUUUUAAAGUGUUUUAUGUGUUCAAUUUUAAUUGCUAAGAAACAAUUCGGCCGGUAUUCCGCGAAUUGCAAAUAUGGACUUGAUCUGUUGCGAAUUACCGACGACCGAAACUAGAGCUUAUCCCGAUCAAGUAUUAUUAUCGUAUCGCGUGUUGAAUAAUCUCUUGAAGAGCGAAGAACAAUAUGCGCUACCCGCUUCUUUUCUACGUAAACAAACUGAGGUGACACCCCAAAUGCGCAAGAUUGUGGCCGAGUGGAUGAUGGAGGUAUGCGACGAACAGAAUUGUCAAGACGAAGUAUUUCCUAUAGCUGUGAAUUUUAUGGACCGAUUUUUAGCAGUUCGAUCGAUAAACAAAUCACAUUUACAAUUAUUGGGCACGUCGUGCAUGCUCGUUGCUUCGAAACUUCGUGAACCUAAACCGUUACCUGCACAAACUUUAGUGUUUUAUACCGAUAACAGUAUCACAAUCGAAGAUCUAAGGAAAUGCGAACUUCUAGUCGUCAGUAAGCUGAAAUGGGAUUUGACAGUGGUGACACCGCAGGAUUUUUUGGCACACAUCCUUAGGAGGCUACCUGUUGAAUCUAUAGGAAUAAAGUACAAUAUGGUUAAUAGUCACGCCAAAACACUUAUAGCCCUUUGUGCGAGAGAUUUCGACUUCACGAGUUAUCUACCGAGCACAAUCGCUUCAGCUACUGUAGCAUCGGCGCUGUGUGGUUUAGGGUGGACUAGUAAAAGUGGCCGAACUUUCAAUGACCUCUUACAAAUGCUCCACGAAAUAACCAACACUGAACAGGAUUAUAUUCUAGACUGCUUUAAACAAAUAGAAAAUAUGGUUAGGGUAUCAUCGUCGUCAAGUCAAAGUAGUUCCAGUUGCUCGACGCAUGGUGAUUUAGAUAAUUUUUCGACUUGCUCGGUCAGGGCGGACGAAUUUACGCCACCGCCGUCCACGUCCGACAAAUUACAAGAGCAGGAAUCGGCGGGAACUCCGACAGACGUGAGAGAUAUCCACUUUUAAGGGAUCAUAGUGAUAUAUUUAAUUAAGAUAAAGUAAUGAAGGAAAGUCAUGAGUGGCAUAAGCGUAUUUCUGGUGCAGCCAAAAGAUCUAAAAAGUAUUUAUGUGGUGAUCUGCUGGCGAGGCAGAGGAGAAGAAUUCAUUUUUUGUGCAAUUUGCCACAAAAAACGAUGUGGAGAACUUAUUGUACCUAAGAUAAACAGAAUUUAUGUGCAAGUCAUGGUUUCGGGGGGAAGGCAAUACAUUACGCUUUAAUAAGAACUAUUUAGUUUAAGAAAUACCUACUUAUUUGUUUCAUUCCUGCUGUAUCCUUUAUGGUAAGGGUGCAGCAGAAACCAAUAAAACACUUAGUCAGUGUAAAUACACAAAUUGCCUUGCAAUCUCUGUUCCUACAACAGAAAAGUGUUCCAUUAAGUAAUUUUAAGCUAGUUUAGGAUUACUUUUAUACCCAUGUAUCGUUUACUUUAGAUCGAAAUUUGCAAAGACUGCUUAAUUAGUAAAUAAUUAUUAACUUUUGUUACUGAUAAAAUAUACAAAAUAUUAGUACCAAUUGCUCACAAUAGAAUGUCUUCCAUUCAUCGGUUCCGUUGUGCCCUUAUGAGCGGCACAUAUCUACCUUUACAAAUUUAUAACUGUAGCAGCAAUACAUGAACAACAAUCAAUGCAACGAUUUAUUAAUGUGUUAUAUUUUUAUAGUAUUAAUUAUUGUAAUCCCAACUAACGCUGAUAUUUUUAUAAUCUGCUUUUUUUGAAUUUGUAGUACCAUAAUGUUCAUUCUAAUCUACAAAUGUGAUUACCGUAUAUACGAGACGAUUUGUGAUUCAAUUUUAAAAUCUAUGCCAUACAAAGCACCUUAGUGUGUUAUUUGACCUACACAGGAAAUUUGAAAUUAACCAACUUAUAGUACCUAAUGCGCUUGGGCAUAUUUAUUAGCAUAUAUAUUAUAUAAUUGUUUUUCGCUGAAAUGAAAACUAGUGUACAUAUUUAAAAAUGUUAUAUAAAAUUGUAAAUAUCCAUUCUCACCAACCACACUCACUGCCAUUUCAAACAAUAUUUCAUGAAGCUACAUUUUGUCAUUGCUCACAAUAGUAUAUAAAUUAAUAAAAUAUACCUCAAUACAGUUCCAUAAAACAGAACCAGUAUAAAUAUUAAAAUAUUUUAUUGUAAAUAAAUCACAUAUCAUAUUUUAUGCUUAUUUUGUAAUUUUUGUUAUGUAAAUAAUUAUA